AAAAGAGGGAAAAUUAACAAUAAAGAAACCCAAUCGAGAAACCUAAAAUCGUGUGUGGAAUCAGCUUCGGCCCAAUCGAGAAACAUAAUCUACUUUUAACCUUCCAAACAGUUUUGGGUAUACAUAAUUGCCCCCGUUUCGGAUUUAAGGUUUCACUCUCGUCUCUAACAAUCAUCCGUUUGGUGACGAGUUGCUCAUCCUACUGCAGGAAGAGUUAACUCCAGAGAUGUGUUGUGAUUCUUCACUCUUCCUUGGAAUUAAGAGGGCAGCAAGCUCUGAGGCAUUAGCUGCUGUCGAGAUGAAAAAUUCGAAAGGGAGCGUGGAUACUGCAGACCCACUGGCUAAGGUUUCGUUGUCUGAUUUUGGAUUUACGCCUGAAAGUAUACAAUCCUAUCCAUCUUUCUCUGUCAUUUAUUCUCUGGCGCAGAAACCUGGCCUUGAGUUUAUGGCUGGCAUAGUGAAAAACAUCUCAAGGCUGAAGUCGCAAGUGGUAAAUAUUUUCUAUGUGCUGAAUCUUGCUGUUGGAGAUGAUCGAUUUGUAGACCAUCUUGGUCGGCUAAUUGUGAACCUUUUAAAAGAUGAAGCAUUUCACCAGGCAUUUGUUGGGUACAUAUUGAGGUAUUCUGAUCAGUAUCCGGGUGUGCUCGCCCUCGUAGAGGCUUACUCAAUGCAAAAUAGUGACCAAGAACGAGUUGAGUGUCUCAGGAGAGACGCCGGAUUGGGAUUCAUACGCUCAUUUAUUUCUCUUUAUUUUUCAUCAUAUUGGGGUACUGGAGUAGUCCAUGGUUCUGCAGCAAGUUGCGUGAAGCGGUUAAUGGAAAUGAUGCAGCCAGGGAAAUUCAACCAUUGGAAACUCCUUCCAAUGGUUAAGUUUUGCAGCAAGUUCCGUCUCUCCUUGCAGAUAGAUCGUGAUAAAGAUCUUUACGAGGUAGGCCUCCUAUCUUUCCGCCCCACAAGUACGAUAAAAUGGUUCACCAUUGACUGGUUGGACGAGGAGGAAUUCUAUAUUGGUAUGUCCAGUCACUCUGAACACCCGUACCCUGGUUGCAGUCCAGUG